AUGAUUGACUGGGGGACAUUAUUCAUAGGACUAUGUCAUGGGUUUGACAAUGGCCUUGCGAAUUACUUGCAGUCUCUCGCGGGGUGGGCAAUCAUCAUCCCCGAGGUGAAGUAUGGCGCCGGCAGGCAUAUGGCCUACGUAAUGGACACGGUGAAGACGGCCAUGCAGCUGAAUUUCGCAACCCAAGUUAUCUACCUCUGGGCAAUUGGGACGGUGAAGAUCUCAAUAGGCUUAAUGCUGGUACGCUUUGCACCCGGAAAGGGAUAUAAGCUCUUCAUCCAUAUCGUCAUUGUUUUGAUGGCAAUUUAUACAACUAUCUGCUUCUUUACCCUCAUCUUUCAAUGUCAUAAAAUUGAAUCGAUCUGGGAUAUAAAUGUCAAGUCCAAGUGCUUUGCCCCCAAGCAGCUUGUGGCUCUGAGCUAUACGAAUACCGCUCUAAAUAUCCUCACUGACCUCAUUUUUGCGUUCCUCCCAUUCCUCAUGCUUCGUGGUCUGCAGGUCAAUCUCCGCGUCAAAGUGUCCCUCAUCUGCAUCCUGAGUCUUGGUGUCUUCGCCUGUGUCGCAGCGUUUAUCAAACUCUCGAUCCUCCCCAAUUACGGAAAAACCGGUGACUUUACAUGGGAUUAUACAGAUCUGACGAUUUGGGUUGUGGUCGAAGCGAACAUGGGUAUCAUUGCCGGAAGUCUCCCGACACUGAAGCCACUGUUCAAAAGGGCUCUCAAUAUCUAUAGCACGAAGAAAACGAAGGGUUACUCUUCAGCGGCGGGCAAUUACAGACUUAGCAAGAUGUCAAAGGGAGGUAGCAAGAAUGUCACGCUUUCAAGCGGUAACUUUGAAAUCAUUCAUGCGCAAGAUCGCAGGGCCUCGCAUCUUAGCCCGGGCCAAUACAGCUCUUCCGCUUACGCCAAUAUAAACGGAACUCUGGCCGAUAAUUCGAGUGAGGAAAGGAUUCUUCCGGCUCAGCACCAGGAAGAGAUUGUCUGCACGACGGAGGUGUUGGUGUCGAGCUUCCACCACAAAGCGGGGGAUACUACUUCGAUGUAA